AUGCGCAUCCACCUCCCCCUCCACCCGCACCACUUUGCGCCUGCGCCUGCGGGCGCAGCUGGCGGCCCGCUCGCGCGUAUCGGCGGCGAGCUGGUCGUUGUCGAGCUGCAGGGCGAGCUCGCUUGGGAGGGCGAGCGGGCGGGAGGUGUCGUCGGUGUGCUGGGGUUCGACCGGCCGGACCACCCCACGCUGCAUGUCGGCGCGCACCACCUGCUCCACGGCAAGAUUGCGACCCUGCCCAAGCCGUACGCCGUCAUCCGGCGCGUCGUGGGCACCUCGACGGGCGGCGCAGCGAUCGAGGGCGACGCGGCGGACGAAGAGUCGGACGAGGAGCGCGAGGCACGACGGAAGGAGACGCCGAAGAAGGCCAAGCUUGAUGGCGAAGAGGACGAGGACGAGCCCCCGCUCUUCGCUGACGCGUUCACGACGCCGUCGAAGGCGCCCAUGGCCCUGCCCUCGUCGUCGCCGUUCGUGCCGUCGUCCGCGCCGCGCGACUACUCGUCUGACCUCAGCUCGCCCGUCACGGCGCGCGACGCGUGGGGGUUCCCUAUCACGCCUGGCGAUGACGACGACGACGAAGACGAGGAGGAGGAGCAGCUGCGCGCUGAGAGGAGACGGAAGCGCAGGAGGGAGAGUAAGGAGCGGACCCGCCACUACGAGGUCGUUGGCGUCGUCCGCAAGAAGGUCGUGUUUGCGUUACGGCCUGAGCCGCUGGUCGCGGCGACGCAGUUGCCUGAGUAG